ACCUAUAUACCAAAGAGAGAGAGAGAGAGAGAGAGAGAGAAAGUUUCAUCACAUGCAAUCCACUUUCACAUGCAAAGCCAAAAUUUCCCUCAGCAACAAGAAAGGCACAAAACCCUCAUCAUAUCAAUGGCGCAGACACUAGUCUUGGUGUCCUCAAAUGCACUACUAUGAGCUACCACUAUAUAUAAAUAUAUAUCUGCCUCUUCCUCAUACUACCACUAUCUUAGCAUUAAACUCUUAUUAUUGCUUUCAACCCAAAAUUUUAUGGACCUCUUUGAACCAAACCCCAUUUAAGUUAUUUCUUCUAAACAUAACCAAAUUCUCUUUGUGGUAGAAGCAAAGUUUUGGAAAAAUGAGAGCAGGAGUUUGCAGCAUACAGCUACAGGCUUUGACACCAGAGGCUGCAACCCUAGUUAAGCAAGCUGUUACUCUUGCCACAAGAAGAGGACAUGCUCAAGUUACACCUCUUCAUAUUGCUACUGUCAUGCUUGCUACUUCCACUGGCCUUCUCCGCAAAGCUUGCCUUCAGUGCCACGCUCAUCCUCUCCAAUACAAGGCAUUAGAACUUUGCUUCAAUGUUUCCCUCAACCGUUUGCCAGCCUCCACACCAAGCCCUCUUCUGAGUGCUUCAUAUUCCGCCACUCCCUCACUCUCCAAUGCCUUGGUUGCAGCCUUCAAGCGAGCUCAGGCUCACCAACGCCGUGGUUCCAUUGAGAACCAGCAGCAACCCAUUUUGGCCUUGAAGAUUGAGGUGGAGCAGCUCAUAGUCUCUAUCCUUGAUGACCCUUUCAUUAGCAGGGUCAUGACAGAAGCUGGUUUCUCUACUGCCUUUGUCAAAACCAGGGUUGAACAAGCUGUUUCAAUGGACGUUUGUUCACAAGAACAAGCUUCCCAGGAAAACACCACCAAGCUUCAAGUUCUUGGUGGUAGGAACACGUCCCCACCAAGAUCUUUUAGUCAAUUCGGGGGCUCAUUCAUCAAGUCUGUGGACCAUGUUAACGAUGAAACUGCUGGUGUAGAUGAUGUAACAAGUGCUUUGAAUUCACUUGUGAGCAAGAGGAGAAACACGGUAAUUGUUGGGGAGAGUCUUGCUAGUGCUGAGGGAGUAGCUAGGGGAGUGAUGCAAAGGUUGGAGAAUCCUCAAGGAGAGUUGAGGUUUGUGCAAUUUGUGAGUCUUCCUCUUUUCUCCUUCAGGAACAUUAGCAAGGAGGAGGUCGAAAGGAAACUGCUAGAGCUUAGAAGCCUGGUAAAAAGUCACGUGGGAAGAGGCUUCAUUCUAUACUUGGGUGAUCUCAAGUGGUUGUUUGAGUUCUGGUCAAGUUAUUGUGAGCAAAGAACAAACUACUACAGUUCUGUGGAGCAUAUGGUGAUGGAGCUUAAAAAAUUAAUCGGUGGAAAUGGGGAGAAUGGUAGAUUGUGGCUUAUGGGGAUUGCAACUUUUAGAACAUACAUGAAGGGCAAAGCAUGUCACCCUUCCCUUGAAACUAUUUGGGAUCUUCACCCUUUCACAGUUCCAGUUGGUAGCCUGAGCCUGGGUUUAAAUUUUGAUAGUGAUUUUCAAGUUCAGGAGAGAAGCAAGGCAACAUUCAAGGAAUCUUUUGAAGAACGGGCCAAAGUGCGCAAACAUUUAACUUGCUGCAGAGAUUGCUCAUUGAAUUUUGAAAAAGAAGCUAAAAGCAUCGCCAAUAGUAUUACUAUAAGCAAGAGAGACUGCACUACUAGCUUGCCAACAUGGCUCAAAAAUUGCAAGGAAGAGAGAAGUCACGUGAUGGAUGAUCAGGAAAAUUCUAAGCUUAAGGAAAUAGGCAAGAAAUGGAACUCUUUCUGCAGUUCAGCACAUGGUUAUCCCUCCAAUCUUGAGAAACAAUUUUUGUUCAUUUCAUCAUCGCCUUCAUCCCCUACUUCAGCCUCUUCACAUGAAAGAAAGUCUAGCUUCAAUCUCACCCACCUAAAUUGGCCAGUCAUUUCUGAACCAAAAGAAGUGGCUAAAGAAUGUCAGUUAUACACUGAGACUACUGUCAGUGAUGAGUGUUAUGAAGGUAACUUGAUAAUGUUCAUGCCAGAGAGAAACAUUCCUAGGCCAGAUCUUUUGUCCAAUCCCAAUUCUAGUCCCAAUUCAGCUUCUUCAAGUGAGGCAGCUGAAGGUUUGGAUAGCACUCAAUUGUUCAAAGAGCAUAAUGACGAGAAUCUAAAGAUUCUCAACGAUGCAUUGCAGAAAAAGGUUCCACAAAAUAAAGAAAUGGCUAAGGAGAUUGCAAGCAGUGUGCUUCUUUCCAGGUCAGGAAUGAGAAAAGGAGAGAAUCACUUGGUGAAGAGAGAAGAUAGACAAGAAACUUGGUUUUUCUUUCUAGGUAUGGAUUCUCGAGCAAAAGAAAUGGUCUCAAAAGAGCUAGCUAAAGUUGUCUUUGGCUCUUACAGCAACUUUGUCCCCAUUGGUGUAAGCAGUUUUUCUACCUCAAGAGGUGGUGAUUCCACGAACGAGGAGUCCAAAAAUAAAAGACCACGAGAUGAGUUUGGUGGCAGUUAUCUUCAGAGAUUUGGAGAAGCUGUGAAUGAGAAUCCUCACAGGGUGUUCUUCAUGGAAGAUUUGGAGCAAGUUGAUCACUUUUCAAAAAAGGGUGUUAAGAAAGCAAUUGAAAAUGGAACUAUAACCCUUCCUUGUGGUGAAUCUGUGCCUCUCAAGGAUGCCAUUGUCAUUUUCAGCUGUGAAAACUUUAGUUCAGCGUCAAAAGCCUCUUCUCCUGCAAGAACUACUUCUCCAUCUUCUGAUGAAAACAUGGAAAAAGAUAAUCUUAAUAACUCAGAAGAGAAAAUUCCAUGCCUUUCUUUGGAUCUGAACAUGGCCAUUGAAGUUGAUGCGCAAAAAAAUGUGCAUCUAGAUGAAGUCACUGCUGAGAUCCUGGACUUAGUUGAUAACCAAAUUAAGUUUCAAGUAUGAAUGAGAAAUAAUUUUCUCUGUUUUUA